AGAGAGAGAGAGAAGGAAGGAAGGAAUGAAGGCGAAUCGCCUCAGCUUGAAGCGGGGACGGACAUUUCAGCGCUCCAGUGUUUUGCAUGUUUGCUAAUACUGCUGCUAAUGUAGUUAUGAACAGACGAGGAGAUGAUGAAUAGUGAAACGCAGUCACUAUACAAGACUAUACGUUUCGUUUCGCAGCCAGAUAAUGUCCUCAUUCCCACGCGAGUACUUCGGAUUACUAGUCGUCUCGCUCCAAAAACAAAACGCACAUCUCGGACAUGAAAGACUGAAGGAUGGAGCCGUUUUUCUGUGGUAAAAAGACACGAAAGACAAUGAUGCAGAUCAACAGCCAGAGGCUUGAUUCAGCUAUCAGUCCUUAAGCAAGUUUCUGGAUUUUCACCAUGAGGAAACAGACUCGACACAUCCUGCUGGCCUGUGUGGUCUUCAGCUCAAUCACAAUCUUUUAUCUCAGCCUUAGUGCCAUGGAAUGCCCAAACUCCCAAUCUAGGAGCAGUGCUUGGGCUGCAUGGGCAGCUAGCCAGCGUCUGGGCAAGAAUCUCAGUUCCUCUCUGCCUGUUCCUAUAGAAUACAGUGAAGACACUCCUCUGAUUUUUGUUGGCGGUGUCCCCCGUAGUGGCACAACUUUAAUGCGGGCCAUGCUGGAUGCCCACUCUGAGGUGCGAUGUGGAGAGGAAACGCGUGUCAUCCCCCGUUUGUUGGCCAUGCAGGCAAGCUGGAGCCGUUCAAGUCGUGAGAGGACUCGCUUGAUUGAGGCUGGCGUCACUGACGAGGUCCUGGACUCCGCUGUCCGGUCCUUCCUCUUGGAGAUCAUUGUGGGUCACGGCGAACCUGCACCCCGUCUCUGUAACAAGGACCCUUUUGCUCUGAAGUCUCUCGUGUACCUCUCCAGACUCUUUCCACGUGCCAAAUUUGUGCUGAUGCUGCGUGAUGGCAGGGCCACGGUUCAUUCCAUGAUAUCGCGCAAAGUGACCAUCACAGGAUUUGACCUGACGAGUUACCGGGACUGUAUGGUGAAAUGGAACCGAGCAGUGGAGGUCAUGUAUGAACAAUGCCAAGCUGCAGCAGAAGGGAGCUGCCUGCCUGUGUACUAUGAACAGCUAGUGUUAAAUCCAGAGGAAGUCAUGAGAAAGCUCCUUCAGUUUCUGGAGCUGCCCUGGGACCAGGCCGUGCUGCAUCAUGAGCAGCUGAUUGGGAAAGCUGGAGGAGUGUCUCUGUCUAAAUUGGAACGGUCAACUGACCAAGUAUUCAACCCAGUGAACACACAAGCGCUGUCUAACUGGGUGGGACACAUUCCUGAUGAUGUAGUGAAGGACAUGGCUAGCAUAGCACCCAUGCUGAAGCGUUUAGGUUACGACCCUCUGGCUAACCCUCCAGACUAUGGCAAGUCUAGGAUUUUUUCCCUGCACAACACACAUCAGAAUAAAGGAGCUGAAGAAAAGACAGAUGUUUAUCAUCCUAAUUAAUUCGUGAUAUUCAAGCUUUAUAUGUUGGUGAAAUUUACAGAAUGUUUGAACACAUUGUUUGACUGAACUUUUUUUGAAUUACACCUCACAAUCACCAGCUUUCUAAUAUCUGGUGUGGACUAUUGUAUCUAUGAAAAGCAUCACUAUUCAAUUGUUAAAGUGUCUGUCAAAGAUAAUAAAUAUUUAUUUUAAAAAUA